UCUUAUCAGCAUUCACUGAUGACUACUAAAAAUACUAAAAGAAUAUGGAGAUAAAAUCCGAACUUUAAAUUACUUUUUCACGUGCUACAGCUGAAAAUGAUACGUCAGCUCCAUUAAUUGAAUUCAAAUUUAUUGUUAAUUUUAUUUUGUUUAUAAUACGAAUGUGAUUGUUUAAUCUUGUUUAUGCUGUGUUUACGAAGUGUAUUUCUACUGAAAACGCCGCACUAGAAUUUAAAUCGUUGACAGUAUCUGUCACGUUUAACCUCAUUUAACGUUUUUAUCCAUGUUUUGGCCAGUUUAGUCAUAAUAGACAGAAAUGUCAUGGAUAAAAGAAAAUACAUCAAAUAUUUUACAAUUAUGUGCUAUGAAAAUAAUCAAAAAUGGUCCAAUUCCAAGACAUGUUGCAUUUAUAAUGGAUGGAAACAGACGUUAUGCUGAUAAAAAACGCUUCAAUAGCCUAAAAGGACAUACAGAUGGAUUCAAUAAACUAGCUCAUACUUUACAAUGGUGUUUAGAUCUUGGUAUUAAAGAAGUUACUGUAUAUGCCUUUAGUAUAGAAAAUUUUAAACGAAGUCAUGAUGAAGUAAAUGGAUUGCUAAAGCUUGCUGAAGAAAAGUUUACGAACUUAUUGGAUGAACGUGAUAAACUGAUGGAACAUGGUAUAAAAAUUUGUGUUAUCGGAAAUUUUACACUAAUACCUGAUAAAUUGAGUAAAAUUAUGCGCCAGUCAACAAUAAUUACAAAGGAUAAUAAACAAGCUCUUUUGAAUAUCGCUUUUGCAUAUACAUCUCGUGACGAAAUCACACAAACAAUUAAGUCUCUAUCAAGUCUAGUAAAUGUGAAUCAAAUUUGCAUUAAAAAUAUUGAUGAAAAAUUAUUUUCAAAUAAUUUAUAUACUUAUCAAUCUUCAAAUCCAGAUUUAUUGAUACGUACUUCAGGAGAAGUUAGAUUUAGUGACUUUCUAUUAUGGCAAAUAAGUGAUUCUUACAUUCAUUUUACAAAAUCACUAUGGCCCGAGUAUACUGUAUGGGAUUUUCUUAAAGCUAUUUUUUUUUAUCAAAGAUAUUGCGAUAUAAAUAAUGCAGAUACGAUAUCAACAACAAAACUUUGAAUUUUUAACUAAUUAUCAAAGUUUUGGUAGAUGGUAUGGUAAACUAUAUAAUUUCAAUAAAAUAAUUAACAACUCCUACUCAAUC